GGGGCUUGGCUGGGAGGCUGAGGGAGGACCGUGGACCUGAGCGCAGAAGAAGAAGCAGCAGCAGCAGCAUCAUCACAAGAAGAAGAAGAAGAAGAAGAAGAAGAAGAAGAGUCAUCAUCCGACACUUGCUCAUCACUGACAACCGCUCAGGCUAUCUUCCCCUUCACCUCCUCUGGCCUGACUGACCCACCAGCCCAUCACCAUGAACUACCUCCGCCGGCGCCUGUCAGACAGCAGCUUUGUGGCCAACCUCCCCAAUGGCUACAUGAUGGAUCUGCAGAGGCCGACCCCUCCAGGUUCAUCCACUUCCUCUCCUGCCUCCCCGGCCACAGAGAGGCGGCAGCCCCCGAGCAUCCCGAGUCAGACCCAGGCCUCGGGCCCAACCUCGGGCCCAACCUCGGGCUCAGCCUCAGGCUCGAUUUCGGGCCCGGGGAGCUUCCUCAGCUCCUUCUCCAGCGUGGUGAAGAGUGCUCAGAUGGCCCAGAACGUCGCUGCUGCUGCACACGCCAAAUCAGCAGCAACAGCUGCUGAAGGAGCCCCAACAGGAAACAGUCAGCCACCCAAACCUGUCAUACGCAAGCCCAAGAUCCUGCUCGUCAUCGACGAUCAACACACAGACUGGGCGAAGUAUUUUCGAGGGAAGAAGCUGAACGGAGAAUAUGAGAUCCGGGUGGAACAGGCGGAGUUCUCAGAGAUCAACCUGGCCUCCUACGUUAACUCUGGAUGUAUGGUGGACAUGCAGGUCAACAAAGGUGGCACCAAAGUGGUCAGGUCCUUCAAGCCAGACUUCGUCCUGAUCCGCCAGCACGCCUACAGCAUGGUCCCCGGAGAGGACUUCAGGAACCUUGUGAUCGGCUUGCAUUUCGGCGAUGUCCCGAGCAUCAACUCUCUCUUCUCCAUCUACAACUUCUGCAGCAAACCUUGGGUGUUUUCUCAGAUGAUUAAGCUCUACCACUCCCUCGGUCCUGAGAAAUUCCCCCUGAAUGAACAAACCUUCUAUCCCAACCACACACAGAUGGUUACAACUCCUACCUACCCUGUGGUGGUCAAGAUGGGGCACGCCCACGCUGGCAUGGGAAAGAUCAAAGUUGAAAACCAACAGGACUUCCAGGACAUCACCAGCGUGGUGGCUCUGGCCGGGACCUACGCUACCACCGAGCCCUACGUUCAGUCCAAGUACGAUAUCCGCAUCCAGAAGAUCGGCAACAACUACAAGGCAUACAUGAGAACGUCCAUCUCUGGGAACUGGAAGGCUAACACGGGCUCUGCCAUGUUAGAACAGAUCGCAAUGACUGACAGAUAUCGGCUGUGGGUGGACUCCUGCGCUGAGAUGUUUGGUGGCCUAGACAUCUGUGCAGUGAAGGCCGUCCACGGGAAAGAUGGCAACGACUAUAUCAUCGAGGUGAUGGACAGCUCCAUGCCUCUGAUUGGUGAGCAUGUGGAGGAAGAUAGACAGCUGAUCACAGAGCUGAUCAUCAACAAGAUGGCCCAGGUGCUGCUGGGAGUUUCCACACCUCAGCCUUCCUCUGUCAAGACCACACAGCCCAGACGAGGGGGACACCGCUCUGCUUCCGCCUCUCCCUCCCAGUCAGCCCAGGGUUCACCUCAGCGAGCCCGUUCAGCCACCACCUCGCCCAGCCAGGCCUUCCAGCCUGGUCCCAUCCCUGCCUCCUCCGGGCCUGGAGCUCAGAAACAGUCACCACAGCUGAACAAAUCCCAGUCGCUGACCAACACCUUCACAGAGACGUUACGAGGAACCGUGACCGACGACGAGGCCAAAGCUGAGACCAUCCGCAGCCUCCGACAGUCCUUCGCCAGCCUCUUCUCCGACUAAAGGCCUCCCCACAAGCUUCCUCUUCAUGUCAGUUGUCAGGUUCGGAAAAAAAAAAAAAAUCCUGACUGGUUAAUCUGUUAUGGAGUCUCCGUCCUCUUUAGAGCCUCAGCUUCCUGUUCCUUCGCUUUCCUUCUCACUGUUUGUGAAGUUUAACACCUGGUGCAACCUGCUUUCCUCGCACUUAUCAGGACUUUAUCACUAGAAAGGCCAGUAGGACGCUGACUAGAAGAACGUGUAAAAGCUGACAUAUUCACAUACCAGAGAUUUUAAGAGAUGGAUGUCAGUGCAGGUGCAGAAUCAAACCAAAUGCCAUCCAAAUUUACUCGAUUUUUACUUGAUGGUCUUGGACCGUUUCCUCUUUGCUGUUCAUGCCAGUCAAGAAGAAACAGGUCCAUAUAAUUAGAAGAUAUUUCCAAUCUUUCCUCACAUCCUCACAUCCACACUUAUACACCCAUAACAGCACUGCAGCGAUUAUGUAAGAGGACUGAGACAUUACGAGGCCUCUUGAUGCUGUAAUUUGGGGUGUUUAAAGCUGAAAAAUAAUUAUAAAUAAUGAUAAAAUCAUCAGUGAUGAAAUGUGAAUGCCCCCGAGGGCUGAGAUCAGCAGUCAGCUGAUGGCGACUUGGCCUUUCUAGAGGUAAAUAAUUACAGUAAAUAAUUAUAAUCUAACCCAUACUGCUUGGUAUAUAGUCGUUAUUCUGCCUUCUGUUUGUUCAGCCAGUGAAACUACUCAUUAUUAGGUCACAUCAGAUUAGUUUUUUUAUAUACUUUUAUUUACAAAAUUAAAUUAUUUGAAUUAUUUGAAUUGACUCACAGCUUCCAAACUGUUUGCAGAUGUCUACGGCAAUAUUCUUUUCUGAAACUGUUCCAGUUAACUCUUAAGAAAUGUACUGAAUCCUCACGGUUCACCAGCGAUUUUGAGCAUCUUGCCAGCAGCCGCAUUUCUCAGACAUCCAUGUGCUGUAGACACACAUUGGCUUACUUAGUGACUCCUUUACCUAACAUUACCAAAGUGCUUUUUACUAAAAACAGAAAAUGUCCCCCCUGCACUGGGUCAAGAAAACAGUCACACAGCAAACCAACCUUUGAGCUUGUGAUUUCACAAGGUGCAAACGCUGUACUGGCUUACAGCCAUCGUCUUCCAUCACAGCCCAGAUCUUCCCCUGCAAUUCUUUUUUUCUUCUUAAUGUUUUGUGCUUUGUGAAUAGUACUAUGGUGUAUUUCCUGUGGGGGAUUUGUAUCAUAACUAUUACUGCUAUGUGUCAAGACAAACAGUGAGGAUGUAAUAGUUUGAGACUUUUAAUGUGCUUAAAUUUGAGACUGCGACAGAAAAGGUUUGGUUGUAUAACAUCACAUUUUGAAUCUUUAUUGUCUUUUAUUCUCUACAAUCAAUAUUAGAUCGGUUUAAUCAAUCCUUUUUUUUUUUUUGGUCACAAGGUGUGUUUGCAACAUCUGCAGUGGUAGCAAAGCAGAGAUCCUCUUCCAUCAUUCAUCCUGCUUUGGAGCUGCAUGUCAAUGUUUAGUGAAUGUUGUACGUAGAGUCCAAUUAGUAUUUUCUAACAGAAAACCAACACAAGCUCAUGAUUUUAAGUAUUCUGUUUCCUGGAAAGGACAAUGUAGUUUGAUGUAAAUCACACUGAAAAUAUAGACUAUGAUUUGAGAAAGUAAUCAUGGCAUUGUUAUCCAGAACCAGGACAUAUUUUUGUUUAUAAGCCGUUGUUUUCUUCCAAAGGAAUUUCCUUUAACUGCUCUAAAGAUGGGAUGUGUCAUUCCAGUUUAAUUACUAAAAACAUUGACAAAUCUAUAUAGUUUUAAUCUAUGGAAAUAUUCAUUUAUUUGAUGGAAACCUAUCUGUAGGCUCAAAUGUUCUAGCUAAAAACUAAUAGAAGAAGAAUAAAAGUUUAUGCUUCUAUUUCUUUUUUUUUUUUUUUACCUAUUUGAAAGUGUGCAAACUAAAUGCUGUCAGUUUUCUUUAUAAUUAGCAUCAAAUUACAUUUCUGGUAAGUGAGACCCUCCACGGUGCAACAGUUUGAUGCAUCAGGCUUACAGGAAGAGAUUGACUGUAUAUUUGGCUUUCCAUGCAGCGCACAAUCACAAUCAAAUAAUCUGAAAAUGUCUCUUUGUGCAGGAAAUGAUCGAACCGUCUUGUAGUUGGUUCCGAAAUAAUCUGCGCUACAAACUGAAUAAGCCUAUAUGUGUUUCUUUCUACCAUUUCAUUUAUUGGGGCCUGGACAAAAACUAAAAUUGCAAUCCAUAUUCCAUCCUGUUUUUGUCUAAAUACCCCAAACAGAAACAUUAAUGCGACUGCAGUGGGUUUUUACAAAUAGGACAUCUAUGGGCAGUAUGCAGUAGUUAAAAUGGACCUGUCAUGAUUCCAACGUUUUUCUUUUUCUUUCAUAAUAAUAUUAAUAAUGAUGAUAAUAAUAAUAAUAAUAAUAAUAAUAAUAAUAAUAAUACCCAUUUUGAGGGGAGAUUUAUUUAAAUGCAUGAAGCUGUAUAACAUAGUGAUGUGUGGGUGUGUAUGUGUGUGUAAAGUUGUAAGUUUGCCAUCAUGGUUAAUAAUCUACCACUACCACAAAAAAAACUGCCCAUUUUUGCAAUAAUCAUUUUGAUAAGUUUUAAAGAAGCUGUUAUUUUUAUUUUUAUUUUUUUUUUACCGAGCCAGUCUCACUGUCAGAAACCUGAAAAACUAACAUUGUUUGUCCAUCGUGCUACAAAAGCUCAACAUACAUCAGCUUGACUAAAUACAGUGCUCAUUACCAACAAUCGUACUUAGCGAUGAUCGGGGUUGUAGUUUUACUUCUGCAAACAGUCGCUCCGGAGGGGAAAACAAUCUAACUGGUUGCAUUUAUCAUCAGCGUGUGGAACCAGAGAAUCAGCUGUUAGUUAGUUAACGGACCAUUUGCUGAGCCCACCCCUCUUAGUCACUGUCGCUACCUGUCGAGCUGUCCAAUAUAUACCUAGCUAACUAAUGAAGCGCUAAACGUUAGCUCGCUGAGUUGGUUGAAAACGCUGUCUCUACCUGACUUCUUAAUGUUUCCAGCUGACUCGGUUUAAAACAAGAAUGUUUUAAACGGGUCUUAAAUAUGUACUUAAUGGCGACGUACACAAUAUUGAGCCAGAACACUGAAGCUAAAGCUAUCAGACCGCAGGCAAAAAGUCAGCGGCCUCACCAGUCCGCCAGUGGGUGGACGUGCUAACAUUAGCUGCUUACGUGAGAGCUAACAAACACACUGUUUCAUCCAUUCCUUACUUUAUUGGUUGUGUACUUUUGUUUUUGGAAAGGCAAAAAAAAAAAAAAAAAGGGGGGGGUGUUAAAAAAAAAUAGGGGUUAAGUGAAUGGUCAGUUAGCCUUCCAACAUCGUGAAAUCUGUGCCAGUGAUAUCUUCCUUUAUUAGCAGUCAUUGUAAUAAUUCUGCCUCCGAGGAUUGUUUGUGAAAGUGAAACCCUGAUCUGCUUUAUCUGUCUCGUCAUUGAGCGGUUUUGCAGGCGUUUCAUCUCCUUUGGCACUGUGUCAAAAUGGACCAAAUUAACAUUUCAUUGUGAGACCCCUUGAAGGUUUAAAUCAUAUUGUUUUGUCUUUAUUGUAAAUACGCCUACCACUUAGUAUGUAAUACUGCAGUGUGAUAAGCCAUAACCAAACCAUGAGGAUUUACUAUCCCUUAUGUGCCACGCAAUAAUGGCUGUGACGUCACUGAUAAACUGAAAUAUGAACUUAAAUCACUGUGUCCGUUAACUUAAAGACAUCAGAAGGCCUGUCCUGCCCUGCAGAGGCACACAGUAGGAACUGUUUUUGAGUUAAAAUCAAGAGAAAUCAUAUCACACUUAUGUCAGGAUGAAAGAUUAACUUUGAUGUCACUUUUCUCAGUUUUACUGCAAUUUGGGUUUUUUAAAAAAACAACAUAGGAUCCAGUUGAUGCCAUUCAUACAGCCAUUUUAUUUAGGGCCAGAUACAUUUUCUCAUUCAGCUGCUAUAGCUUAACACACCACUGAUGUUUUUCAUUUGUCAAUUCAAACUGUAAAGUUUACUACCUCAAGUUCAGCAGUGCUCUGCAGAAACUGACUAUAGAGUGGUAGUACUGGACAAGAUUUUGUGAAAUAAGCAGUGUUUUAGAUUAAGAGCAUAUUCAUGCAAGAAAGGGGAGUCAUCUGAUACAUGGACUGUAGCAAAACAACCAUGUAGUGUCUGUGACAUCAACCUCAGGAAGAUCGGAGUCUACAUUUUCCAAUCAUAGGCAGCAAUGAUGGACAUGUGAGUGCUUUGCAUGUCACAACCAUCGACAAAUAAAAGAUGGACGCCACGUCUCCGCUUCUUUCUACUGUACAAAUGUGAAGCCAAAAUAUCCCAGAUACUGCCGCUGCCAUCUUUCACCAUUCAGAGCCAGAGUCUGGGCAGAGAGAGAUCCUUUAAGUUCUCUUGGUUGAUUGACAGCUGCUCCAGCCUAUCACGGCCUCAACUCCGAAAGCUCCUACCUUUUAAACAUAGUUUUAAAAACCCGUUGUUGAUGUCACAGAUGCUGAAUCCACAGAGUUUGUGCUCAUUUCACAAAAUGUUGUAAGACGGAGUUGCAUCACUUCACCCAAUUUUUUUCUUUCAGCACUUAAUUUUAGUUAAACAUUACAUAUAAUUAGGAGAAAAGGCAAUACUCCGCUAUGUUAAGCAUUUCUUUUACUUUCAGUCAUGACGAGGUUGAGUCAAAGGCUCAGCUUAAGCUGUGUUGAACUGAUACACAGGCUAACACUGAACCGAAUAUGCAGCCACAGAGACUUGCCAUUAAAUACAGCUAAUACUGCAAGGGAAAUCAAGUCCACUUUAAAUGUGCCGUUUGUAAAUGAGAGAUAUAAUGUCAGUGCACGGGUUUAUUAGCCGAUCUUUCAGUCCACUGUGUUCCCUCCUCUCAGCUGAAUGGUGGAUGGUAUUAUAUGGUAUUUUAAGUGUAUUAACGUUCUGUAUAUCGGUGUAAAUGUGGCAUGGAAACCAACCCCUCCUGUGUGCCUCAGGUGUGUAAAUUUGGUCGUUAUGUGAUCUUAAUGUCUGGCUGCUUAUUUGUGAGAAGUGUGAUGCAUCUCAUGUGUUUCUGUAAUUUAUUAGUAUUAAGAUUAUUUUUGCUUUCUGUAUUUUUGUUCUUUUUGUCUGAAAAAAAAAUCAAGAUUUCUGUUAUUAAAAGUAACAAUUUUUAUUAUA